AUGGUCAUGGACAAGUCAGUUUCAGAUCCUUGCAACACCCUUCCUCUCUUCUAUAUUUAUACGGUUUCACUGAGUGUAUUUGAGCCCCUGGCUCAUUCCCCUGGGUUUCAGCAGGCGGAUGGGGAGGGGAUAGCUUCCAGCCAGGAGAGGACCACGGCUUUCCUCCUUCAUCAGGCUUUCCAAAUCAAAGACGACAUCAUCUCCUACCUCCAGGGAAGCAAAGGUUAUCAGCAUGGGGUGGCCGCUGCCCGGCAGCUGCAGGAAAACCACAUCCAGACCAUUACGAGCAUCGUUAAAAAGCUCAGCCAGGACAUUGAGGUUUUGGAGAGGCAAAUAAGAACAAGGGAUGGUGCUGCAGUACAAACUAAUUUUGCUGUUCAAAGUCUGGACCAUAAAUACAUCCAGGGUCUUGGAGACCUGCGUGGAAGAGUGGCAAGGUGCGAGGCAAGCAUUGCAAAACUGUCGGGAGACAUCAGUAUUAUCAGGCAUGAGGCCCAGAAGACUGAUAAAGAGAUUUAUGGCCUUCACUCUGCCCUCAAAAAUUGUGUUGGCGAUUUUGAGAAGAAGGUAAUGCAGCUAUUAGGCAAGAUAGAGACUUCCAACUCUGAUCAAAGCUUGAAUUUAAAGACAGUCCAGGGAGAUCAACAACACGAAUUGCAACUUCUGGAUUUCAAGUUGACAAGUAUUCUAAGUAACUUCAGGGAUCAGAUACAGACUCAUCGGAAGUGGACAGAAACGCAGUUGACACAGUCUGAAGAAGAUCAAGCCCAGCACAGGCAUCAUCUGCUUAACUUGGUGAAGGAGAGACUGGAAAGAGCAGAAAAGAGAGUAGAAGAAAAGCUCCUACUUCUGUCACUAAAGCUAGAACAAAUGGAUAAACCACAGGAACAUGAAAAGCAGUUGAACCAGAUGAAGAGAGAUGAAAAAAACCUGCAUGCAAGAAUCACCAGAUUUGAAAGACAGAUCUGGAAAGAGCUUGAGGAAAUCCAAAAUGAAUACAGAUCAGGAUUUCAAUCCAUUCACGAGUCUCUGGAGCUGCUCAAACAAAUACAGAACACAAAGCUGAAACUUGAAAAAAAAAAAAUUAGGAAAGACAUGAAAAAGAUACAAUGA